UAAUGUGGGUUUUAACCGAAAAGAAAACAAACCUGCGAUGCUAUGUUUUGACAUUUCAGCCGUAAUGCUAACCGGAAGUACUCCGUCUUUCACUUUGGAGUUUGUCAGACUAAAAGCCUUCGUUGACACAUUUUUGCGACUUAAAUCGGAGUUAAAUCAAACUAAAAUAUAUGUAGAUGUGUAUGGUUUGUGACACAAUGUCACGAUCAUAUAGCUAUUUGCUGUUUCUUCUUUUAGUCGGCAUUUGUUCCGUUUUUGAAUGAAACCACCGGAAGCUGGGGUUUCAUUCCGCUGUCACGCCCACAAAGGUCAACGUUAGCUAACUUACGCCAAGCUAGGCUAACCGAGGCAACGACGUCAAGGUUGUUUUUUCGUCUUUCCCGCUGCCCUGGUCUUGUAAACGGACACCGACUGACUUGUGAGGUUUUCUUUUUGUUGCUCUUUUUUUUGUCUUAGUGGCAGAAUAAGCUGCGUUCAAGAAGCUAGGGUUCAACAUUUUCUCCUCACAGUAGACGUCCAUGCGGAGGACAUGACAGCGAUCCGGCAGACAAUGCACGUUUAGCCGCAGCCACCUUCCUCUUGAAGGGCCAUGGCGCGGCACAGCAAGCUGCAGAAGCAGGUCCUGGAGCUCUACCGACAGUUCCUGCGAGCCGGCCGUGACAAGCCGGGUUUCCUCCCCCGAAUCCGCGACGAGUUCAGGGAGAACGCCGGCAUCAAGAAGACGGACGUGAUGCACAUCGAGUACCUGUACCGGCGCGGCCAGAGGCAGCUGGAGCAGCUCCGGGACGUCAACACCAAACAGCUGGGCUCCUUCUCCAAAAGUAAAGAGCACAGCUGAUCUGUCACGUGACCCGGGACGACGAAAGACUUUUGACCGACUGGCUCAUGUUUUGGUCUUGACCGCACAUCCAAAUAAAACUGGUUUCUACUGAAAUACAUCAAACGACCGGAAA